ACGGAAAGAUACACGGUUAGAGCAGCAGGUUGCACUUGCCCACGAGCUGGCUGUGGCACGAUGGAGUCCAUCAGCAAAAUCAGCUCGCUGCUGGAGCAAGCACGCGACCUCACGCUCGAAGCCGCCCGCGAUGCCGGACCACGAAGGACCACGAAGGCGCUGCCGGCGGCGCAGAUCAAAAAGAUGUUGGAUAGCAAGCACGAGCGAGAGGUGCUCGAUGGGCUGCGGAAAGUGGUUGCGAUGCAAUAUGCCAAUCCUCCGCAACCGACUCUUACUUUCUUUCCCGCUGUCCUCAAGACUCUGUCGAAUCCAUAUCCGUCAACGAGACCAUUGGUAUACAAUUAUUUGAUCCAUCAUGCUGAGGCAGAUCCGGAUACUGCGUUACUGGCAAUCAAUACGAUACAGAAGUCCCUGUCAGAUACUAACCCGAGAGUACGAGCUAUGGCGUUGAAGACCAUGUCUGGGAUCCGCAUUCCCAUGAUCGCACAAAUCAUCAGCCUGGCGAUUAAGAAGGGCGUCAAUGAUCUUUCGCCUCUCGUGCGGAAAGCCGCAGCGCUGGCUUGUGUGAAAUGCGUACAGCUUGAUGAGAGCACGCGGCCGCAGAUCGAGGACUAUAUUUCAACUCUGCUCGGCGAUCAACAAUAUUAUGUUGCAGGCGCUGCUGUGCAGGCUUUAAUGGAGAUUUGCCCGGAUCGCUUGGACCUCAUACAUCCUGUCUAUCGCAGGCUGUGCAAGAUGAUUGUCGAUAUGGACGAGUGGGGUCAGCUGGCUGUGAUUCGACUAUUUACGGUAUAUUCGCGCAAGUGCUUUCCGAAGCGCACCACGCGAGUGAAGCGUGCGGCGACCCAGGAGCAACGAGCGAAGGACUUUUACGAGGAUCUGGAGCCACAGGAGGAGACAGAGGAAGAUUAUGAGGAAGUCGAAGCGAUGGAUCCAGAUCUCGAAUUGUUCCUGAAAUCGAUCCAGCCGCUUCUAUCCUCUCGCAACUCGGCCGUCAUUCUCGCUGUCACCCGGGCAUACCUCUAUCUCGCUCCUUCAACACACCUUGCAAAAGCAGUCGGUCCGCUGAUGGCGCUGCUUCGAUCACCUCAGGACAUUCGACAGGUGGCUCUGUACAAUAUCGUUCAAGUGUGUCUGAUCGACCCUGCUCAGUUCGUACCAUACUUUCGACAUUUCCUGGUUCGCGCAACAGAAGCUCCCCAGAUCUGGCGGCUGAAGUUGGAAGUUUUGACGUUGAUGUUCCCGCAUAGCGGCAAAGAAAUACAGGAGCUUAUACUGGCCGAGCUGGAGCAUUUCUCGAAAGGUCACGACACGAAUCUAGUCCGUGAAAGUGUUCGAGCUAUUGGACGAUGCGCGCAGGCAUCCAGUGAUAGAACAUCUCGCCGAUGUUUGUCCCUCCUGCUUAAGCAGAUCCGCAGUCCGGAUGCUAAUCUGGUUGGCGAAGCGAUGGAAGUCGUUCGACAUCUCAUCCAACGAGCACCUGAAGAACAUCGCAAGACUGUUAUAAGGCUAGCAAAGAACCUCGAUACUCUCACGUCGCCUUCUGCACGAGCAAGCAUUGUCUGGCUGAUUGGAGAAUUCGCUGGAGUCGAUCCGGAGAACAACAUCGCUGCGGAUGUGUUGCGCAUCUUGGUCAAAAAUUAUGCCGAAGAGAGCGACGAAGUGCGCGCUCAGACCAUUCUGCUCGCGGCGAAAGUUUACUUGCAUUACCUGAAUGCUAAGAAUGAGAAGCAGAAAGCAAUGGAUGCGUUGAACCCGGAACAGAAACCGGUCUCUUCCAGUACUGUACUCUCGCCGACUGAAGAAGAGAUCGACGGCUUCCGAGAAAACGCGUUCUCAACACAGAAUGAAGCCGUGCCUCAAGAAGACCAAGAAUCAAAGCAUCCCAUCGAAGUCCUCUACCAGUAUACUAUGCUCCUUGCACGAUACACGCCCUCAUACUCCCUUCGGGACCGCGCACGCUUGUUUCGAUCUCUGCUAUCAGUGCAAAGUAGCACAGAACUUGCUUCUCUACUACUCUUAGCACCCAAACCUGUCCCUCAAGCGCCCUCUCCUUCCGAAAGUCGGAAGACCUUACUGCUUGGGACGACUUCCUUGGUCAUCGGAUCUGAAGCUGGCACGACGGGAAUGCGAGGAUACGAGCCUCUGCCUGAAUGGGUGGAAAGUGGCCGCGAACCUGAUCCCAAGUUGCGAGACGAUGGUGACCGAGCGACACAGAAGGGUGCAUAUGUUCCGGAGCGAGAACUGACUGCUGCACAAAGAUUGGACGAGGGGUUGGAGAAGGAUCCUGGCUAUAAGAGCAGUAUGAUCGGGGGCCCGAAGAAGGAGAAAACAUUGGAUGCGUGGUUGGAUGAGGAGAGUGAGAGUGAAGAGGAAACUGAGGAGGAAGAGGAGACGGAGAGUGAAGAGGAGACUGACGAGGAGGAGGAGAGUGAGUAUGAGACAGACAGCGAGGAGGAUGAGAGAGCGGGUUUGGUGAAGUCGUAACAAUCGAAAAUGUUGUAUUUGGCUAUGCCGAGUAGGCAGCAUAUGUUGUUACAUGCUGAUGACCACUCGAUGUUGCAUCGUCGACGCUACGCACAGGAACUUUGUGCGGUUUCCAAACUUGCGGAGAGUCCUCUGGAUUUUAUUGUUUACUGACCAGCGUGCUUCCCUUUCAUUGACAGGAACUCGCUGCCUUCUGGUGUCAUCUCCUGCUUGCCCGAUGGCGCAUUCGCGGCCUGAAUUGGAGAAAAACAUCUCGUAAGUUCGUCUUCGUCGGCUGCAUGUCAACCGGUGAUAGUGGUAGUGAGAAUGAUUCCUGGUAUCCUUCUGAAGUGGGUCGCCUCAGAAAUCUGAGCGUAACCCAGCUUUCCACGCCAGCUGAGAUUCACUGGAAAAGGUGAAGUCGAGCCGAACAGAUCUGCAUUGGCGAUGACAAUGUUUCGCAGAGGCUUAGGUCCAGACAAGGCUUCAUACUUUCGAAGUCCAGCAGUCACUCAUCCCGUCAUGGUAACAUCCUUGCCUUUUCCUUUCGCAGCUGCAGCC